GAUUUUAAACAGGAUUCACUACAAAACUUUCUAACAUAAAAAAGAUUCAUAAAUUUUUGGGUGAAUUUGAAAAAGUGAUCCUCUUGUCGACAUUAAACUUAAAAUAAUAAUAAAAACAAUCCAAAAGUAUAUAAAAUUAAACUAAAAUUGUUUUUAUUUUUAAAUUUAUUACAACCAAAAUUAAAAACUCUGAAGCGAAGGAAGAGGAAGGAAGUUCAGUUGUUCUUUAGUAAUCGCAUCAAAAGUAAUUAAAUCAAACCAACGCUGAUUUAUAUAUCGAUUACAACCGGAAACUGUUGGGGCAACAAAAACAACUCUGGGAGCAAUAUUUACUCAAGACCCACACAUGCAUAAUAUAUAUCACAUAGAAUUGUUUUAGUUUCUAUACAUAUUUAAACAUAUGCCACAAAACUACAAAAAACAAAAGAACAUAAUCAAAAAACAACUUCAAUAUUAACACACCGUAGAGAAUCGAACUAACACAACACCAUAAAUAGAAUUAAUAUUAUUAAAAAUAAUAAAAAAAAAAGAAGAAAGAAAAAAACAAGAAAAAAUUAGUUCAAUAUAAUGUCGAAGCGGAGCUGGGGCGGUCAUACCAGCAAUUUAAGUAGCUUAUUGCUUAUCGCGAUUUCAUGCUUUAUACUACUGAGCCACUGUUUCGACAUAAGCGUGGCACAGAAACAUGCCGGCGGUCGACGUGAUCGUGUACGCAAUCUGCCCCGCCAAUAUAUAAAACAACAUCCAUGCGAGCGUUCAUCAUGUUAUCCGGCCACUGGUAACUUACUAAUCGGGCGUGAAAAUCGCUUAACAGCAUCAUCGACAUGUGGUCUACAUUCACCGGAACGUUUUUGUAUACUCUCACAUUUGCAAGAUAAGAAGUGUUUCCUUUGUGAUACAAGAGAGGAAACACGAAAUGACCCAUUCAAAAAUCAUCGUAUCGGACAAAUAAUAUAUGAAACAAUUCCAAACACGCAAACACCGACUUGGUGGCAGUCUGAAAAUGGUAAAGAAAAUGUCAUCAUUCAACUGGAUAUGGAAGCUGAAUUUCAUUUUACCCAUUUGAUAAUAUCCUUUACCACAUUUCGCCCGGCAGCAAUGUUGAUAGAACGUUCAUUUGAUUUUGGUCAAAGUUGGCAUGUUUAUCGUUACUUUGCAUAUGACUGUGCCGAAUCCUUCCCCGGUGUACCAACUGUUUUGCGUAAUAUAACAGAUGUUGUUUGUACAUCACGUUAUUCCAAUGUCGAGCCAUCUCGGAAUGGUGAGGUUAUCUUCCGUGUGCUGCCACCAAAUAUAAAUGUAUCUAACCCGUAUGCGGCGCAUGUACAAAAUAUGCUCAAAAUGACGAAUUUGCGUAUUAAUUUUACUAAAUUGCAUAAACUCGGUGAUAAUUUAUUGGAUAAUCGUUUGGAAAUGGAAGAGAAAUAUUACUAUGGCAUAAGCAAUAUGGUUGUACGUGGAUCCUGUUCAUGUUACGGUCAUGCUUCGCAAUGUUUGCCUUUGGAUGGCUCUGAUAGUGAUUCAUAUGAAAUGAUUCAUGGACGUUGUGAAUGUACGCAUAAUACGAAGGGUUUAAAUUGCGAGUCUUGUGAAGACUUCUUUAAUGACUUACCUUGGAAACCAGCGUUUGGUAAGCAGACCAAUGCUUGCAAAAAGUGUGAAUGUAAUGAACAUGCCUUCAGUUGUCAUUUCGAUCAGGCGGUGUUUGACCAUUCUGGACGUGUAUCUGGUGGUGUUUGUGAUAAUUGUAUUCACAAUACACAGGGACAACACUGUGAAGAAUGUAUGCCGUUCUUCUAUCGGGAUCCAAGUCAAGAUAUACGCAGUCCUUAUGUUUGUUUGCCAUGUGAUUGUGAUCCAAUUGGUUCGUUGGACGAAGGUAUUUGCGAUUCUGUCAACGAUCCUGAUAAUGGUGUUCAGGCAGGUGCUUGCCACUGCAAAACUAACGUGAAAGGACGUCGGUGUGAUAUGUGCAAAGAUGGUUAUUGGAAUUUAGAUCCAGAAAAUCCAGAUGGCUGCGAAGAAUGUACUUGCAAUAUUCUUGGUACUAUUGAUAAUUCUGGUUGUAACAUGCAUACUGGUGAAUGUACAUGUAAACGUUUGGUAACUGGUAAAGACUGUAAUCAGUGUGCACCAGAAACCUAUGGACUUUCUGAAUCAGAGGAAGGCUGUUCGCCAUGCGAUUGCGAUUUGGGUGGAUCAUACGAUAAUUUCUGUGAUGUCAUUUCAGGACAGUGUCGUUGUAGGCCACAUAUGAGUGGUCGUACUUGUGCCACGCCUAAACAGAAUUAUUUCAUACCACAAUUAACACAAGUUUAUGAAGCUGAAACUGCAGAUGUUUGCAUCUCUUAUUCAAAUAAUGGUAAUUGUACUGUUUUGCCGUCUCAAGUACCAUCUGAUCGUAUUCCCGAUUUUACCGGUAUUGGUUUUAUGCGCAUUCCCGAAAACUCAGGUCUUACAAUAACAGUCAAUGACAUUGCCCGUUCUAUGCCAUAUGAUGUUGUUAUUCGGUACCAAACUACUUCACACGGUGAUUGGGAAGAUGCCUUUAUCACUUUAGUACGUCCGGAUGAGGUUGAUCCAGCUGGCAACUGUGCAGAAGCUGUGCGACCAGGAAGUAGUGCCUAUGAAACACAUAUACCAUUUACUUUAUCGGAUCGCCAACGUCAUGUAGUUGCUUUACACAAUGUAUGCUUGGAAGAGGGAAAAGUUUAUAAAUUUAAAAUUAAUUUUGAACGUCGACAUCACAAUGAAGAUAAUCCAACGGCUACAAUAAAAAUAGAUUCAUUAACAUUGAUACCACGUAUACAAGUAAAUGAAAUCUUCAGAGGCUCUCCCUUAGAUAAUUACACUCAUAUGGGCUGCAAUCAAUCUUUGUAUGAUUUGCGCUACGGUGGUGUAAACAAUGAACCUUGUACAAAAUGGAAUAACGAUGCUAGUACUAUUAUACACAACGGUGCUAGUAUGUGCAAUUGUAAUCCUACAGGGUCAUUGAGCAAGGAAUGUAACUCUAUUGGUGGUUAUUGUCAAUGUAAACCGAAUGUAGUAGGACGACAAUGUGAUAUUUGUGCUCCUGGUACAUAUGGUUUUGGUCCAGAGGGGUGCAAAGCAUGCGAUUGUAACAGCAUUGGAGCCAAGGAUAACAAUUGUGAUUUAAUAACUGGGCAAUGCGCCUGCCACCCAAAUACAUAUGGGCGCGAAUGUGAUCAAUGUCAACCCGGUUAUUGGCAUUUCCCUGAUUGUAGAGUUUGUGAAUGCAACGGUCAUGCGCAACAAUGUGAUCCACUAACUGGACAGUGUUCGAGUUGUAUGGAUUUCACAACUGGUUAUGGUUGUGAUGUUUGUCUAGAUGGGUAUUAUGGCAACCCGUUACUUGGCAGUGAAAUAGGUUGCCGUGCUUGCCGUUGUCCAGAUACUAUUGCUAGCGGCAACUCACAUGCUGAUGGCUGUUCUUUAGAUUCACGGAACAAUAACAUGAUAUGUCAUUGUCAGGAAGGCUAUGAUGGUCCCCGUUGCGAUAUUUGUGCUGAUAACUAUUUCGGAGAUGCAGCGUCACUUGGCGGUUCAUGUGAAAAAUGCGAAUGUAGUAAAAAUACAGAUCUUUAUGAUACAGGAAAUUGCGAUCGUCGCACAGGAAAAUGCCUUAAAUGCUUAUACAAUACAACUGGAGAUCAUUGUGAGCUCUGCCGUGAUAGUUUCUUUGGUGAUGCACUUAAUCAAAAUUGUGUACCAUGUGAUUGUGAUGUGUUAGGCACCAACAACACAGCACUACAUUGUGAUCGCUUUACCGGACAGUGUCCAUGCUUGCCUAAUGUAAGAGGCAUCAGUUGUAGCGAGUGUGUAGUUAAUCACUGGAAGAUUGCAUCAGGUGAGGGUUGCGAAGCCUGUGAAUGCGAUCCAAUCGGUUCAUUAUCUGAACAAUGUAAUAGAUAUACUGGACAAUGUGAUUGCAGAGAUGGUUUUGGCGGACGUGCAUGUAAUCAAUGUCAAUCUAAUUUCUGGGGCAAUCCAAAUGAAAAAUGCUUACCUUGCGAUUGUGAUCCUUAUGGCUCAGCAGAUUUCCAAUGUGAUCGAGAAAGCGGACAAUGUGUUUGUCACGAAGGUAUUGGUGGCGACAAAUGUAAUCAAUGUGCACGAGGUUAUCUUGGCGAAUUCCCACAUUGCGCACCUUGCGGCGAAUGCUUUAACAAUUGGGACUUAAUUCUGCAUGAACUAGAAGAUGCCACAGCCGUCGCUAUACAACGCGCUAAAGAAAUUAAACUCAUUGGCGCCACUGGAGCCUACACAUCUGAAUUUAGCACUCUUGAAAAGAAAUUACAAAACAUACGUGACUUACUGCAAAAUACCACUGUGAGCUUGCAAGACAUUGAUGGAUUGGAAAAAGAGGCAAAAGAGCUUGAACGCAAUCUUUCUGCAGCACACCAAAAACUUAUUGAAACAGAACGCAAUCUAGAAAAUAUCUACUCUUCGCUUACUUUGUCUGGUGUUGAACUGGAAGCACUGCAAAAUCAGUCUGCUUUAGUUAAGCAAUUAUCAAAAGAUUUAAAAGAAAAUGGAAUUCAAUUGCAAGAAUCAAACAUCGAUGGUGCAUUGAAUUUAACGCGUGAGGCUUUUAAUCGGGUUCUAGAUUUGUCAGCAUUUAAAGACGAGGCAGCAGAAUAUGCAGCAAACACGGAUCGCAAUUGCAAGCGUGUAGAAGCUUUAGCAAAUAAACUAAAAGACGAUUCAAGUACUGUUACUGCAAAUGACAAUCUCAUCAAUGAAUAUCGCAAUGAAUUGGCUGCACUAACUGCCAUCAUACCGGACUUAAAUAACGAAGUUUGUGACAAACGUGGCGAUCCUUGUGAUAGUUUGUGUGGUGGUGCAGGUUGUGGUACUUGUGGCGGACUUUCUUGUGAACGUGGUGCGUUAACACGUACUGAAAACGCACUUAAAGUUGCUAAGGAUACUGAAAACGAAAUUGAAAAGAAAAAAGAUCAAGCUGAUCAAACUAUACGUUCCUUAUUCCAAGCUAAAGUAAAUGCAUCUGAAGCUUACCAAAAGGCAAAGAGUGCUUACGAAGAUGCCGAACGUUAUCGAAAUCGUACAAAUCUUAAUAUCAAAAAAGGUGAGGCUAUGAUUUUAAAUCUUACUGAGUUUUUAAACAACAGUACUGCUCUACCAAGUGACACUAAAAAAAUAUCACAAAAAACUUUGCUAUUGGAUCUAACAUUAGAUCCGCAAGAAAUUCAAUUAUUGGGCGGAAAGAUUAAUGAUGCUGUUUCAUCACUGAAAAAUGUUGAGUCAAUAAUUUAUAAUACAAAACAUGAUUUGGAACGCGUCAAUAAUUUACAGGCGAAAGCGAACGCUACAAAAGAAACCGCUAAUGAAAUACUGCAAACAGCCAAUUCUGUUGUUAAAAAUCUUGAUGAUGCAGAUGAUUCACAAGCAAAAGCCGAGGAUGCUAUUAAACAAGCAAAUAGUAAUAUAGAACUAGCUGCCAAAGAUCUUGAUCAAAUUGAUUUGGAAACAAGUGAAGCUGAAGCUCCUGCAAAUGCUACUGCAUCACAAGUUGAGGAACUAGCAAAGAAAGUUAAUCGUUUGCAGAAAAAUAUAUUGAAGAAUGAACUUGACGCUAAAGAAAUCAAAAAGGAAGCAAACCGUGUUAAAGAUUCAGCAAUAGAAGCUCGCACUGAUGCUAACAAUCUAAAGUCCAGCGCCACAGUAGCCAAUCAGACAUUAAUCGAGCGUGCCCAGCGUUCCGAAGAUGCGCGAAAACGAGCCAAGAAAUUAUUGCAACGCGCAUCUAAGCUAACCGUCGACACCAAUGAGAAAUUACGCGAACUGCAACAAAUGCACGACAAUUAUUCAGAGAAAAAUAAUAAACUACUGAAACUACAAGAUGAUAUCAAACCAUUAAAUGACGAAGUAACAAUCUAUCUUAAAAAUAUACAGUCAAACGCAGAUCGUUAUAGACAAUGUUUAGUUUAAAGCUGUUGACGCGUGCACCAUAAGCGCCAUGCUAUUAAGCACUUCAUGUAUAAUGCUAAUCCUUAACUAACCUCUAGCAUUUAUUUACUUAAGUACACACCCACUUUCCCACUUUCCACUACUAUUAAUUGUCGCCUUUCUUUU